GCACAGCUGCUAAUCCAUCAAUCCAUCCUACUUAAGCAGUAGCUAGUAAGCUAGCUAAGCACACACACACUUACUAAUUCAGCUAAGGAUUUGGAGGAUCGGAGAUGGUGAUGGUGAAGCUUAACGCGGCGGUGGCCGCCGCCGCCGUUGUGCUGUCUCUGUUGGUGGUGGUCGCCGUGCAUCCGGCGGCGGCCGACGCCGGCGGCGAUUGGUACGGCAAGAAGAGCAUCGAGGAGACGGUGAGGAAGGAGGUGGAGAAGGCCAUCAAGCACAAUCCCGGCGUGGGUGCCGCCCUUGUCCGUUUGGUGUUCCAUGACUGCUGGGUCAACGGUUGUGAUGGAUCGGUGCUCUUGGACAAGACGCCGUACAGCAGCAGCACGGAGAAGGCGGCGGCGAACAACAUCGGCCUGGACGGCUUCGACGUCAUCGACGCCAUCAAAUCCAAGCUGGGCGCCGCCGUCUCCUGCGCCGACAUCGUGGUGCUCGCCGGCCGCGACGCCUCCGCCAUCCUCAGCGGCGGCAGGAUCACCUACGACGUCGGCACGGGCCGCAAGGACGGCGUCGUCUCCUCCGCCGCCGCCGCCGACGCCGUCCUCCCGGAGUCCACCUUCGACUUCGCCCAGCUCAAGGACAACUUCGCCAGCAAGGGGCUCACCCAGGGGGAGCUCGUCAUCCUCUCCGGCGCCCACUCCAUCGGCGUCGCCCACCUCUCCUCCUUCCACGACCGCCUCGCCGCCGCCACCGCCACGCCCAUAGACGCCACGUACGCGUCGGCGCUCGCCGCCGACGUCGAACGGCAGAAGGGUGUCCAGCGCACGGACAACCCGGCGGAGAAGAACAACAUCCGCGACAUGGGCGCGGCGUUCCAGAGCGCCGCCGGGUACGACGCCGCCGGCGUGGACACGGCGGCGGUGGGGGCGCUGGACAACAGCUACUACCACAACAACCUGCAGAACCGGGUGCUGUUCAAGUCGGACUGGGUGCUGCGCACCGACGGCGACGCCGCCGCCGACCUCGCCGAGUACAGGGACAACGCCACCAAGUGGGACGUGGACUUCGCCGCCGCCAUGGCCAAGCUCAGCAAGCUCCCCGCCGAGGGCACCCACUUCGAGAUCAGGAAGACUUGCAGAUGCACCAACCAGAACUACUACUAGUAGUAGUAGUAACUAGUCAACGAUCGAGUCAGCGGAAAAAAAUACGACGGUAUUAUACUAGUAUACGCGUAGUGUACGUACAUUAAUACGACUACUUGUACGUACCUACUGUAAUAUCACCUUGGUUUAAAAUUAUUACUACUGCAUCGUUAAUCUUAAGUCUUUGAUUAAUUUUGUAGCUAAUGUAUAAUAAGGGCUUAUAAUGCAAUUCAUUUCUAGCAUUCUAUAAUUAUAAACGUCACAUGGUUGGAUGGAAA